UAUUUAUUUCAACGUUUUUUAAUCUAAACAAAAUGACUUCAACUCCACCAAAAAUGACUGAAGAUUUGCUGGGCGAAUCUUGGAUCGAAUUGAGUACAGCUGCCACAAUGGCCGGCGUUAAAAGUCCAGACAGAAUAACACCCUUGCCCUUUGCCAACGGUGAAGAAUAUUUACGUCUGUUGCGUGAGGCUCAACGUGAAUCGAAUCAAUCCAGUCGAGUGGUCUCAUUGGCUAGCUCACGGCGUGAUACGCCCAGAGACAGCCCAAAAUCACCACCAAAUAGUCCAAAUACAGAGCUGUGCCCCGAUGAGGAACUGAAAAAUGUUUAUAUUAAUUAUUGGAAUAAGACUGGCGAUGCAAAAGACAAUAGCGAUUGGUUGGACGAAUGGAACAGCCGACCAGAUCAACAGCCACCAAAAGAUUGGAAAUUUGAACAUCCCCAGAAUCAACAGAAAAAGAAAACCGCCGGUUAUUCUAUACGCUUGACCCGUCUGGGCAAGAAUUCAUUGUUCUCGCGUGAAAUCCUCUAUUCCUUAAUAUUGUCAAAUGUAUUGUCAUUGUUACUGGGAGCUGGUUUGGGGUUAUGGCUUAGCAAACGUGGCAUUUUGUUUACCCGAGUGGUUAUCGACUGAAGUGUUUUAUUUUUUUAUACUACUUUU